AUGCCGGCCUCAGGGCUGCGACUGUCCCUCUGCACAGCAGCCCUGCAGCUGACCAGUGACAGCAAGACCUUCUGGAGGGUGGAAGAGGAGCUGAGCUGGUCUGAGGCCCUGGAGUACUGCCGGCAGCGCCACACAGACCUGGCCGAGCUGCAGAGCACGGGGCGAUGGAGCAACACCAAGACCCUCUCUUCCCUUACCAGCAGCCCCGCGGCCUGGAUCGGCCGCUUCUUCCAUGUGCGCCUCGGGGGCCUGAGAUGGUCCAGCAGCUCCACCUUCAGCGUGCCAGGGUGGAGCUCGCCGCCGUUCUUCGAGGAGGGUCUCUGUGCCACUCUGUAUUCAAUAACCAUUUUCCCCAGCCUGGGGGCCGCCUCGUGCACUGCUCAGAAGCCCUUCAUCUGCUACUACGAUCCUGCCCUGGAGCCCCACACCCUCCUGGAACUGGCUCUCAGCCUGACCACCUCUCCAAAGCCAGCUGAGGUUCAGAUCAGCAAUCUGAACUUCAAGCGAUUUGACCAAGAAAGGAAGUGGCUGGCAGCUGUGCGGUACUGCCGCAGACAUCACACAGACCUGGCUGACCCGCAGACAGUGACUGAGGAGACAGACAAGGAGGCCUUGAAAUCCAUCACGAGUAAGACUGAGGCCUGGGUUGGCCUCUACUUCAGUGCGGCCUCUGGGUCUCUGAGAUGGUCCAGCGACGCGGGUGCCAGCGUCCCGACCUGGCUGCAGGUGCCUGAGUUUGGGGCAGGACUGUGUGUGGGUCUCUGCAGCUACUGGAGCUUCUCCCCCAGAAUUUCUGCAGUGGCCUGCUCUUCCCUGAAACCUUUCAUCUGCUUCGAUGACCCCACCAUUGGACACCGGGAGUCAGCAGCCCUCCCUCAGCUCUCCUACACACCCUCCUCAGAAGUGACCAUGGGGACAACGCCCAGGCCAAGUACCCUCCCCUGUUUUCUGCUCUCUAUGGGUGCUUUGAGCCUGUUCUUGGCUGGAUUCUGGGGUCUCCAGGGCCUGGGAAGUGGAGAGGGUGGCCUGGAUGCAGCAGCACAGGGGUCCGGCUGCGGCGGCGCGGCUCCCGCAGCUAGUCAGCCCGGAGCCCGCCGAGCUCGGCCCCCGCCCCCGCGCCCCUCGCGCUUCCGCCUCCGCCGGCCCUGCGGCGCCACAGACCCAAGGGACGGCGGCGCCCAGCCCUCCGACCCACCUCGAGAUCCCUGGGUACGGCCCGGUCCCCGACGGUGGGCCCUCGACCCCGCCGGUCACCGCCCAGAACACGUCCUUCGGCCCCGUGCCCCCGGCCUCCGCGCCGACCCCCGCCUCGAGCCCCGCGCUCCUGGGGAGCCCCUCUGUCCCCCAGGAAGUGACCGAGACCCCUCUGGCCUCCGCCUCGAGCCCUGCUCCUGGCCCCGCGCCCCCGGAGAACCCCGUGACCCAGGGCGGGCCCGGGACGCCGCGGGCCCCUCGCCCGGCUCCACCCGCGGGGCCUCGGCUCACCCGUGGGUAGCGGCGCCCCCCGGGUCUACCACGUCCAGCCGGUCCCGCAGCGCCGAGCUUCUGGGGACGGGAGAAAGCACCUCGGAGCCUUUCGGCUCAGGGAGCUCGGCUGGGCCCCAGAGAACAACGGCGCGCCGGGAGGGGGUAGCUCCGAGCCAGGCCGCACGCCCGGAGACCCCUGGCAGCCGGCCAGAGCCUGAGACAGCUGUGACCAGUGAAAGGAGUGGCACCGAUAUGACAGAUGCAGCUACUGCCACUCAGGCCCAACAUUUGAGCUCAUCUAAUCACCCAGAUGCUAAAGAAAACACUCCGACACCAAAACCAGGGCAACUCUUUGGAAUCCUGAAAGCAGAUUUUCUCAUCCCAGUUCUGAUGAACCCAGAAGACAUGAAAGACCAAUUUUUGAGUGAGAUCCAAGAAGUCUUAAAGCUUACGUUAGGUCAUGAGCAAUUCAGAUUGAAAUGGGUUGGCUUUGAAGUAAACAAAAAAUAG